CGCGCGGCGAAUCUUAACGCUGCGCCGUCUGCGGGCGCUUCCGGACCACCAGUUUCUCUGCCUUCCACCCUGGCGCCCCCCAGCCCUGGCUCCCCAGCUGCGCUGCCCCGGGCGUCCACGCCCUGCGGGCUUAGCGGAUUCAGUGGACUCAAUCUGCGCAGCGCCACCUCCAUGUUGACUAAGCCUCUGCAGGGGCCUCCUGCGCCCCCCGUGACCCCCACGCCGCCGCCAGGAGGCAAGGAUCGGGAAGCGUUCGAGGCCGAGUACCGACUCGGCCCCCUCCUGGGUAAGGGGGGCUUUGGCACCGUCUUCGCAGGACACCGCCUCACAGAUCGACUCCAGGUGGCCAUCAAAGUGAUUCCCCGGAAUCGUGUGCUGGGCUGGUCCCCCUUGUCAGACUCAGUCACAUGCCCACUCGAAGUGGCACUGCUAUGGAAAGUGGGUGCAGGCGGUGGGCACCCUGGCGUGAUCCGCCUGCUUGACUGGUUUGAGACACAAGAGGGCUUCAUGCUGGUCCUCGAGCGGCCUUUGCCUGCCCAGGAUCUCUUUGACUAUAUCACAGAGAAGGGCCCGCUGGGUGAAGGCCCAAGCCGCUGCUUCUUUGGUCAAGUAGUGGCAGCCAUCCAGCAUUGCCAUGCCCGUGGAGUUGUCCAUCGUGACAUCAAGGAUGAGAACAUCCUGAUAGACCUACGCCGUGGCUGUGCCAAACUCAUUGAUUUUGGUUCUGGUGCCCUGCUCCAUGAUGAACCCUACACUGACUUUGAUGGGACAAGGGUGUACAGUCCCCCAGAGUGGAUCUCUCGACACCAGUACCAUGCACUCCCAGCCACUGUCUGGUCACUGGGUAUCCUCCUCUAUGACAUGGUGUGUGGGGACAUUCCCUUCGAGAGGGACCAGGAGAUUCUGGAAGCUGAGCUCCACUUCCCUGCUCAUGUCUCCCCAGACUGCUGUGCCCUAAUCCGCCGGUGCCUGGCCCCCAAACCUUCUUCCCGACCCUCACUGGAAGAGAUCCUGCUAGACCCCUGGAUGCAAACACCAGCCGAGGAUGCACCCCUCAACCCCCCCAAAGGAGGCCCCGCCCCUUUGGCCUGGUCCUUGCUACCCUAAGCCUGGCCUGGUCUGGCCCCCAGUGGUCGGAAGAGCCAUCCCAUGGCCAUGUCACAGGGAUAGACGGACAUUUGUUGACUUGGUUUUACAGGUCAUUACCGGUUAUUAAAGUCCAGUAUUACUAAGGUAAGGGAUUGAGGAUCAGGGGUUAGAAGACAUAAACCAAGUCUGCCCAGUUCCCUUCCCAAUCCUACAAAGGAGCCUUCCUCCCAGAACCUGUGGUCCCUGAUUCUGGAGGGGGAAGUUCUUGCUUCUCAUUUUGCUAAGGAAGUUUAUUUCAGUGAAGUUGUUCCCAUUCUGAGCCCCAGGACUCUUAUUCUGAUGACGUGUCACCCCCACAUUGGCACCUCCUACUACCACCACACAAACUUAGUUCAUAUGCUCUUACUUGGGCAAGGGUGCUUUCCUUCCAAUACCCCAAUUGCUUUUAUUUUAGUAAAGGGACCCUUUCCCCUAGCCUAGGGUCCCAUAUUGGGUCAAGCUGCUUACCUGCCUCAGCCCAGGAGUCCUUAUUCUGGGGGAGGUAAUGCCCU